AUGAAAAAAAUCCUGGAGUUCCAACUUAUUUACAGAGAAUGCCACUGGGGUUUAGGGAGAAAAAAUGUCGGAUCGGAGCGUAUCAUUGUCGCAAAAAAAUUAUUCUACGAGAACGUCAUCAAAUGUAUUUAUACGAAGGAGAGAACUGGAUAUAUCUUCAAGGAGAGAAUUGGUUUAGUCGAUGAAUUGGGGGAGAAAGGUGAGGACGUGAUAUGCGAUUCGAAAUCAGAAGAGGAAAUUAGGUAUUCAGACACGAAGGAAGCUGUAAAGAAACGACCAGUUCUGGAGGCAAGUGAUGGCAAGAGGAAAUAUAAAAAGAGAGAUAAGAAGAGGAACAAGAAGAGUGAUGAUUUCGAUGAGCUGCCAAUUUCUUUUGGUUUCAUACUAAAUCCAAAUAGCUCAUCAAUCACUUUGGUUUAUUUCAUUUCAUAUUUGCUCUGUGAUUUGCUAACAAUUUGUGUUUGUUCUGUAUAUGCUGGCUCGGUUUGCAACAGGAACUUAUUUUACCCGGAUGGCAGAUACAUCAACGAGAGACGAACAAAAUCUUGCAACAAUAGGAUUCUGUUUAACCUCUUGGUUUCUGAUAAGGUCAUGCUCGAUGCUUCAAAACAAACAAGAUGCUUGCAGAUCUUUCAUUCUCUUCAAAGUUGGAACCAAGGUUCUCACAACGUUUUCCACCAUAUAACACACUGUAGCCCAGAAAAUUCAUGCUUUCAGAUUUUAUAGGAAGUGAUUCAAGAAGAGAGUGAAAAGAUUUACGCUAUGCUCGAUGGAAUAAUGCAGAGCCUAACCUACAAUGUGAAGAUUUCUAUGUGUCCUGACAAAAGAAGUUGUUUCACUUAUAGUAAGUUUUGAUGUUAUUGGUUACUACUACUAAAUAACUUAACCACAUGUAUCAAUAAUAGACCCAAGUGUAUACCAUUCAUAGAGACAUAAUGUUAUCAUAAGUAUAUGAAAAGAGAUUAACCUAUCA